AUGACAGGCGAACUCCACCACGACACCGUCCAAAGUGACAACGUCAGUCCAGAGAUUCACCCUAUCUCGUCACAAUCAGACCACCCAACUUCGCUGGAUCUCGAGAGAACACCGACAAUCAGCAUAAGGGACCAUCGCGGAGACGAUAAACCUGAUCUUGCACGCAUCCGCUCGACCAUCUCGGCGCACGAGAUCCAAGGUGUGCCCAGCCACGAUAGUUCAUUCGUCGAGAUCAAUGCUGCCCAAUAUGAGCGUUUCAGCGAACGUCGAAAACUCGUCAUCACCUGCGUUCUCUCGCUGUGUGGCUUUCUGGCUCCUAUCUCUUCGACCACCAUCCUUUCUGCCAUUCCCGAGGUAGCCGCCACCUACAAUACCGACGGCACCAUCAUCAACUUGUCCAAUGCGCUCUACCUCAUCUUCAUGGGCCUGUCGCCUUCUCUUUGGGGUCCGAUCUCCAACAUCUAUGGCCGUCGAUGGGUGUGCAUCAUCACCGCGAUCCUGUUCUUUGCCUUCAGUGUCGGCACGGCCCUCGCACCGAACCUGGCAUCGUAUUUUAUCUUCCGGAUGCUCACCGCAUAUCAAGGUACCUCGUUUCUCAUCGUCGGAAAUUCCUGUUUGGGAGACAUUUACACGCCUACGGCGCGAGCGACCGCCCUUGGCUGGUUUCUCUCAGGGACCCUGAUCGGCCCUGCCUUUGGGCCGUUCAUCGGAGGUAUCAUCGUCACUUUCCGUUCCUGGCGCGACAUCUUCUGGCUGCAAUCUGCACUCGGUGGCCUCGCAGCCGUCCUAGUAGUCUUGCUGCUUCCGGAGACGAUACCGGAAAAGAAGAUUCAUGAUCUGCGGGAAUAUUCUCGAAAAGAGCGGACUGUGCGCAUUCUUCAUUGGGUGUCGCCUUUCCGGAUCGCCAUACUACUCUUCUCAUACCCGAACCUUAUCAUCGCCGGCCUCGCAUCCAGUGCUCUUGUCUGGAACAUGUACGGCUUGCUCACUCCGAUCCGCUACGUGCUCAAUCCCCGUUUCCACCUGACAUCUCCCAUCCAGUCAGGGCUCUUUUACAUUGCCCCUGGCUGCGGCUAUCUGUUGGGCACCUUCUUUGGUGGUCGGUGGGCUGACAGCAUCGUCAAGAAGUGGAUUCGAAAGAAAAAUCGACGUGUAGCCGAGGAUCGGUUGAGAUCGUGCUAUGGCUUCAUUGGCGGCGUCGUGCCCGCUUGCAUGCUCAUUUACGGUUGGUCCGUCGAGAAGGAGGUUGGCGGCAUCCCACUGCCCGUGGCGGCCAUGUUCGUACAAGGGGUUGCGCAACUCUUCUGCUUCCCCAGUCUCAACACCUACUGUCUCGACGUUAUGCAGUCGAAGGGCCGAUCCGCGGAGGUCGUGGCGGGGAAUUAUAUGAUCCGGUACGCCUUCGCUGCGGCGGGGUCUGCUGUGUGUCUGCCGGCGAUUGAAGCGAUCGGGGUUGGCUGGUUCAGUACGAUCUCUGCCGUGUUCCUUGUCAUCAGCGCGGUUGGCGUGUGGGCCACGACUGUAUGGGGAGAGGGCUGGCGACACGCCGUUGACGACAGGAAGAAAAAGAAGAGGAAAGAGAAGGAAGAAGCGAAGGCGAGAGAGAAAGGUGGAGAAGAGGGCGUAUGA